UCGGUCCACUCCAUAGCUUGUCAAUUGCUUCUAAAAUGCAUAGGAAUGUAGAAUAAUUACUCAUGCUACGCCUAACAGAUGAACGGACAAACCGCAUCCAGUUUAUUUCGUUAACCCAGGGCGAAAUAUAGGGUCUAACGUUAUCAUCGGAAUCCUUAUCCCAAACCGAACAAGGCGACAUCUGAGGAGAUUCCCAAGUCAGAGGUGGUUAGCGAGCUAGCGCGGUGCAAUCUUUUGACAUCAAUGGAGCUAGCACGACAGUAACGCUGAAGUCUCCGGCUAGUUGCAUGCUGCUGGGUGUCCUGUCGGCGUGUGUGGUUGGAGCAGCUGUCCUCUACAGCCUCUUCUUCUGGAUCAUCCCCGUAGCUGUGCAGUACAAUGCCUCGGCCGCACUCCUGUGGCAUGAUGUCAUCGUUGAGCGUUUCCUGGACCUCAUCACAGGCUCUACGCGACCUCAGCGGCUUCUUAAAGCAGUGCAGAAGAACGCCACCAAAGGGGAUCCCCAGAGCGUCAUCUCCACUAUUGAUCAUUUCUGCCGGCGUUGCGAGUGGGCUAUGAACGUGGGGGACGAGAAAGGGACCAUCUUGGAUUCGGUGGUGUGUGAGGUCAGUCCUGGCUCAACUCUAGAACUUGGCACCUACUGCGGGUACUCCACAGUGCGCAUUGCCCGCCUACUGGCGCCUGGGACCAAACUCAUCACUCUGGAGUUUAACCCAGACUUCGCAAAGGUGGCCCGUCAGGUCAUUGAGUUUGCUGGGCUACAGGAGAAGGUCUUGUUGGUAGAAGGUCCUUCAGGAGACAUCAUCCCCAAAAUAAAGGAGCAAUUUGGAAUAACAACUUUUGACUUGGUUUUCCUGGACCACUGGAAAGACCGAUAUCUUCCCGACACCAAAUUACUUGAGGAAUGCGGGCUGCUACGAAAAGGUUCUGUCCUGAUGGCAGAUAAUGUUAUCUGUCCGGGAACCCCAGACUACCUUGCCUAUGUUCGGAGUAGCCCUAAAUAUGACAGCAAAUACUUUAAAUCCCACCUUGAGUAUACUAAAGUGGAGGAUGGUCUGGAGAAAUCGGUUUACUUGGGAUAAAACUAAGGGGGCAGAUGUGGUUAUCCAAAGGAGGAGCACAAUCAAAAGAAAACAAAAUUAACCUUUAAAGGUGCUGUCCAUAAUUAAAAUACCCUGUACUGUAUAUAGUGGUUUGGACCAGACAGCCAUACACUGUUUUACUGCUCAAUCUGAGCUUCAGGAGCAGACAUGAGGGGUGUAAAUUUGAUUGUUGACAUUUGAGGAAAUCGGCCAAUCCUCUACCAGAUUCCCCGACUCACCUUUACUGGGACAAUUUAAUUCAUAGAUGUUUUGCCCUCAUCACUUGUCUUAAUAUGAAUAGAAUACAGACAUCCACAGUCUCCCUGUAAAACCAUGUUGCAUUGCAGGUGUAUGGUGAAAAUGAGAGUGCUUUAAACAUGAACUAGGACAGAAUGUCAGACAUGUUUACAUUUUAAGUGUAUUCACCAUUUGGCUUCUUGAAUGAUUGUUGCGUUUGUACAUUUGCCUAGUCCUCUCCCUCUCCAGGACAACUGAAUCCCUUUACCCUUUGUUAAUGAAAAGUAUCUCGCGUGCACAAUAGAUUUGUAUGCCAUAUCCUUUCAUUUUUUAUGGGACAAUAAACAAAGUUUCGUGUCAAUUUU